CGCCCCUUUAACAUCGCGCGCAAUGGACGCCAAGUCGCAAUCGAUCGUCGCCUUCCUGCAGUCGUGCGGCGAGGCGGCGCCCUCGCUCGCGCCCAACUAUGCGCGCAUGGAGGAGCUGUACAAGCGCAAGCUGUGGCACCAGCUCACGGUACUGCUCGAGGAGCACCUCGGAGAGGAGGCGGCGGCGGCGCAGCUGGGCGGGCUGUACGAGACGUUCGUGAGCGACUUCAAGCACAAGCUCAACAAGCUCGCCCUUGCCCGCAUCCAGGUCGCCGUCGCACUCAACAAGUGCGCCGACGCCGACGAGGUGUCAGCGUUCGCCGAGGCGGCGCUGGCCGACCACGCCGGCGAACUGGAGAGCGGCGCCUUCGUGCUGUGCGAGCUGUCGCGCAUGCUGCUGCGCUUCGGCAAGCAGGAGGCCGCGAAGGAGAAGCUGGACGCCGCCGCCGCGAAGAUUGAGGGCGCUGCUGGGGUGACGCCCGAAGUGCAGGCGGCCUUCUACCGCGCACGCGCCGGCUACUACAAGGUGCUGGGUCCCGCGGCAGAGUUUUACCGCGCGGCGCUGCUGCUGCUCGCCGACCUCGGGAUCGCAGCGCUGGUCGGCGAGAAGCUGUACAACUUUGGCGAGCUGCUCGAGCACCCGGUGGUCGCCACGCUCGAGCAGACACAGUACGCGUGGCUCGCCCAGCUACUGCGCGCGUUCAACGGUGGCGACAUUGAGCAGUACGAGGCGCUGGUUGCGCGCGAGCACGUGCAGCUCGAAGCCCAGCCCGCGCUGCUCUCAAACACGCUCUUCCUCAAGGAGAAGAUCACGCUCAUGUGCCUCACCCAGACCCUCUUCCAGCGCACCGGUCCGGGGGCCGACCGCAUCGUCCCGUUCGCGCACAUCGCCACCGCCGCCAAGCUGCGGAUGGAGGAGGUGGAGAUCUGCCUCAUGCGAGCCCUCUCCCUCGGCAUCAUCCGCGGCGUCAUCGACCAGGUCAACCAAACUCUCACCGUCACGUGGGUGCAGCCGCGCGUGCUGCAGCAGCCGCAGAUCGCAACGAUGGCCGAGCGGCUGCAGUCGUGGGCCUCCACCGUCUCCUCCACCCUCACAGAGCUCGACGCCCUCACCCCAGAGUUCGCCGCCUGAGCCGAGAGGGGGGGAGGGUUCUGUUCCGAGUCUCCAGAGCCGGCCGCCACCUGCCCCGCGCCACAGUCUGCCCCCCCCCCCCUCCCCGAGCUCUUCUCCGCUUGUUGGCCCGCCUGAGUGAGCGCGCACGGGUGUGUCGGCCUUUCGACGACCGCGUGUGACUCGCUGCUUCCGAGCGGUACCCGCCCCUGUCCGGUCUUGCCGCAGUGCUGGGCUGGUCGCUGGAGCCUUGCCCGGACACAAUAUAAAGGUAAGAUGGCUCUGUGCAGGAGCCAGCACA